UGGGUCCGAAGAACAAUUCCAUACCCAAUCUCUUUAGGUCUUAGAACAAUUAGAGAUAUUUUAGAUGAAAAAAUACCCAUGGAUCCUAAUUGUUUUAACAUGGCUGUUCGGACGGUUGCAUGUGAUGAUGCCUAGUUCUUGAUAGAUGAUAUAAAAUACCGCUUCAUGGACCUUAAGUUUUGUGACAUAUCGCAGAUUGGACGAGAUCAAAGAUGUCGUGACAAGAUAAACUACGAAGAACUAUCAAAAUUGCUUGGACCGUGGCCUGACAUGUGCCACGAUAUUAAAGAAUGCAGCACUGUUCUAUUGCCAUAUCAUCACGAUAGACUCUACAUUUUAUUCAUAAUAGACAUGACAAAGAAAUUAGUCUACAUUAUGGAUCCCCUUAGCCCUAAUCUAAAAGAGAAGAUGAUAGGUGAUGAUCGAUGCAGUCCAUAUCGUGAUAUAUUAUCUGAUGUUGCGAAUCACUUCAACCUCGCCAUGAAAUUGGCGAAUCCUGCAUGGAAGGAUAAUAUUUUUGACUGGCAUCGUGAAUUCCCUACAUGGGUUCCAAGAACACACAACUGGAAAAAAUCAGGCUUUCUUGCGUAUAAUUACCUAAAGAAGUGGAACGGGGGGAGAUUGAUGUUCAACACUGUAGAAGAUACACUAAGGAUGGAAUUUUUAGUGGAUAUUUUGAGGAGUCGUGAAAAUGAAUGCGACAACUUCCCUGGAGAACUCAAGGGUCUACUGAAGCAAUUCAGAGCUUAUCUCUACUACUAA